AUGGCCGCCGAAUCGUGGAUGCAAUACGUCCGCAGCAUUUUUGCCAGCAGCUCGAUCCACGGGUUCCCACAGAUAGUCGACGGGAAAAGCCACAUCUUCGGCAAGGUCUUCUGGGCCAUCCUGGUGGUACUGGCCACCACGGGCGCUGGGUUCCUGAGCAGGCUCACUCUCGCGAGAUACUACGAGAAUCCGAUCGUUAUUUCCGUGGAACGGGACAAGUUUUCCUGGAGAACCGCCGUGCCAGCAGUGACGAUUUGCCCCCUGACGAAACUGGACCCCGCGGCUUUGGACGACUUCGUGAGCAAUUCCUCCGUCGUCGACAAGAUGGCGCUGCGGGAGUUCAUCGUAUCGCUCGCCGAAGCGAACUACAGCUCCUUUAACGCGGUGCCUUCGCACGACUUCAUAACUCCCGAUGAGUUCAUGAGCGUACUUGACAGGCUGAAGUUCAACUUCAAACCGGUUGUCACCAACUCUGGACUGACCGUCACCAAGGAGCUGCUGCUCAACGAGACCAUCACCGAGAUGGGCAUCUGCUACAGCUUCAACUCGCAGUUCGCGUCGUACCAGUCGAUAGGAUACUGGCGGCAAAAUCUUUGGACUCGGUUGCCUGUCCAGGAGAUCCUCGAAGUCAACCCUCUCGAUGGUGACGUCUUCACCGACAUCAUCAACAUGUCGACGGGGUUUCACGUGUACAUCCACGGUCCGCUCGAGGUGCCGGACGCCCUCACCAAACCGCUCUACUCGCCGAACGGCCACUUCCUGCAGGUCUACCUCACGUCGCUGAGCAUCAUCGCCAGCGAGCACACCAGGGAGCUGAGCGUGGAGCAGCGAAAGUGCAGGUACCAUCACGAGAGCUACCUGGACCACUCGCCUGUCUACUCUUACGUGUUGUGCCGCAUAGAGUGCAGGAUUUCGCUAGCUAAGGAGCUGUGCGCAUGCGUUCCACACUUUUAUCGACCGAUUGAGGGAGAGAGAACCGUUUACUACAGUUCUGAGUUCGUAGACAGGCUCGUUUUGCUGGAAAACGAGUGCUCCUGCCUCGCGAACUGCGAGGAGAUCAUUUACACGGUAGAAGACGUGGACCUGAGGCCUUGGUUCCUGGGUUCGAACCUUCAAUGGGCCCUCAAAAGCUACCCCGAGUUGAGGCUGAGGCGCGACGUUCUUUUCGGUUUCUCCAAUUUGAUAGUCUACAUCGGACUCAUGAUGGGCCUCUUUCUGGGCUGCAGCGUGCUGAGUUUCGCCGAGAUCGUCUACUUUUGCACGCUGCGAUUGUAUUGGUUUCGGAAAUCGACCCGAAGGCGCGGAGAAACGAUAUACGUUUACCGUCGCAGUCGUCGAAAUUGCUGGGUGGUCCGACGCGACUGAGAAGCCACGUGUGACGCAACACAUUAAUGGAUUUCUGUUUGUUUAAGCGAGCUGACAGU